AGGGUUUCGGAACAUUCCCUGCACGUUGCAUCUCGGGAUCUCUUUCGCGACGAUUUUUGUUGAUUCGUUUGUUUACGCAUUGUGCCGUAUCGCGUGCGUGCGUGCAUGCGUGUUUGCUCGCGCGUGCACCGUGCCGUCGUGUUGUGCCGUGAAAUACGACCCGUUCCCCGUUCUGCACGAGCAAGAUGCCCAGCAAAAAGAAAAAAUACAACGCCCGUUUUCCAGCGGGGCGCAUCAAGAAGAUCAUGCAGACGGACGAGGAGGUCGGAAAGGUUGCUCAGGCAGUGCCGAUUAUAAUCUCUAGGACUCUGGAAUUAUUCGUACACUCUUUGCUGACCAAGACGAUGCAGAUUACAAGCGCCAAAAAUGCCAAGACUCUAAGUCCAUCUCACAUGAAACAGUGCAUCCUAUCGGAGAGUCGAUUCGACUUCCUCAAGGAUCUGGUGAAAUCUUUACCCGACGUGUCUGGCCCCGAUGACGAAGUGCCUACGUCGCCAGAGACUCCCACGCCUUCGCAGAUCAAUGUACCAAACGCACCCAUAGCGUGUCCAACUGUGACGCAACAUCCUGACCCGCUAGAGUAUCAGAAGCAGCUGGGAUUGCCGAUCGGCGCUGACGCGAGCACGAAUCACAGAAACGCGAAAGACAACCGAUCAGCGAGCAAUCCAAAUUCUGCUGAUCGGAGGAUCGCGUCGGAGGAGCACUCGCAAGUUCCAGAGUUCCAGAUGUCCAUGUCCGACUCCUUUCGAAUUAGCCAACCAAACUUUUAUAUGGAAGUUAACGCGAGUGCGAGCACUCAACCAACAUCGAACUUCGCUCAUACUGCCAACAUCGAUGAGGAUUACGAUACAUAGUAAUCGGCUUCACCGAGUCUAGCUAAAAUCUUUGUACACGUGGCGCGCACGAAAGAAUAGGCAGUGGGCGCGCGUGUGUGUGGACGCACGGAUCAAAAAUAUCUUUCAAUUGCUCACACCACUCGUUGAUUAGCUUGAUAGUCUUCUGAUAUUUUCAGAUUGAAGCAAUCGUACUCGUGUCCGCUUUGUACAGAGUGUCGGAACUAUCAUAAUUACUAUGAUAAUUAUCUGAAUUAUUUAAUAUAAAAAAAUGUUUUAUUUUUUGAGACAUCUAUUUUAAGAAAGUUUAAUCAAAAUAUGUUGGUUUAUUUAAUCCAUAUUUAAUUAAGUUUAAUUAAAAUACAGACCAAUACGUGACUUUUAAAAGAAUUUUUAUCCGGAUAUUAAAUUAAUAAAUUGCGCAGAUGUCCCUCAUUUAGUCACCGUUUACAGUCGACGUGCGUACAUUGAUAGCGUUUUUCGCGCCAUUCUGUACCCAUUCAUACGUUACAAUUACGUAAAAUAUCAAGUUUGCCAAAUUUAGUUUUUCAAUUAAUAGAAGUAACGUUUGCAUAGAUUGUACAUAAUAUAUAAGGUUUAUUUUAAAUGAUACUUUAAGUUGUAUUUUUUCAGAGACGGAGGACUAUUUGCUCGAGACAGCGUUAAUAUUGCAUGUGUGCUCAUAAACAUGUCGCGUAAUCGUUGUAUUCAAUUGUGAAAUCGUUUAUAUGAGCACAAUUGUGUAUUGUACCUUAUUAAUCGCAAAGUAUAUUUAGACGAGGAAACCUAUAGGAAAGCGAAGGCAAUGUUGACGUCUCAAUAUUUGCGUUUCGUUGAUACUGUAUAUAUGCAAUUAAUGUUGCAUGCACGUUUUAUUUAUGCAUCAUCGUCUCAAUGUUGCAGCAUCUGUUAUUUGCUUUCCUUUCUUGUCCUUACGAUUUCAAGGCCAAUCCAAAUUUAGAUCGACGAAAUUUAUUUCCCGAAAUUUCACGCCGCGAAGUGACUGAAUAUUUUUUCAAACAAAUGGAAGACUACGACGAUAGGAUGGCGUUAGAUUUUUUAAUUAUAUGCGUUAAUUAAUAUGUCCAAAUCCAAUAAGAAUAUGUUAAUAAGCGAUUUUAUUAUUAAUAAAUUAUAAUCGACUACAAAUUUUACAACAUUCGAAAAUAAUCCUUUCUCAUUUCGUAAUUGAGUUAUACCUGAAUACAUAUGUGUGUGUAUGUAUGUACAUACACACUGUGGAAUAAAGAGCUUACCUAU